AUGCACGUGAAUGUCCUUCGCGACAUCAGGCGCACCGUGCACGUCACACGCGGCGUCCUGAACCUGAUCGGCGUGUGGCCGUCGUCCGGCGAUUCGUCCGCUCUGAAAAUCGUCCAGACCAAGAUACUCAGGAUUCUCUGCCAGGCCCUGCUCUACUUCAUCUUCGUGCCGGGCGUGCUGAAGAUAUUCCUCAAGGAGUCGAACGCGCGUCGCCGCCUCAAGAUGAUCGGCCCCAUGUGCAACUGCCUGAUGGCGGUGCUGAAGCACGCGGUGUUGAUCUACCGGAGCGACCGCAUCAGGGACUGCAUCGAGCACAUCAUGGAGGACUGGGGCAAGACGAGCCUGACGGAGGACCGCAGGAUCAUGACGGGCAACUCGAGGAUCGGGCGUAGCCUCGCGAUCCUCUGCGUGGCCUUCGUGUACGGCAGCGGGUUCUCGUAUCGCACGAUCGUGCCGCUGACGCGCGGGGUCGUCGUCACGCCGCAGAAUGUGACGAUCCGGCCGAUGGGAUUCGACGGUUACUACGUGUUCGUCGACCCGCAGAGGACGCCGGCCUACGAGAUCAUCUUCUCGAUCCAGUUCCUCUCCGGAUUCGUGCAGUACUCGGUGACCAGCGGAGCCUGCAGUCUGGCGGCCCUCCUGGUGCUGCACGCCUGCGGCCAACUGAAGAUUCUCAUCACCAGAAUGGAGGAUCUCACGCACUCCAAGUAUUUCUCCGAUCAGAACGCCAACAGGAAAUUGGCGGCUGUCGUGAGGCAGCAUAUCAGAAUUAAGAGCUUUUUAAGCAAGGUAGAAGAAAUUUUACAGUAUAUAUGUUUGGUGGAAGUAGUCGGGUGCACGUUCAUCCUGUGCCUUCUUGGAUAUUACAUAAUAAUGGAGUGGGAAAACAACGACGCGGUGUCUAUGUUAACGUACACUAUACUUCUUUUAACAUUCAUCUUUAACAUCUUCAUACUGUGCUUCAUCGGUGAGCUUCUCACGGAUCAGAGCACGAAGAUGUACAUUACCUUCUGUACUCUCGACUGGUAUCGAAUUCCGCACAGGACUGCUCGCGGUCUCGUUUUGAUAAUCGCGAUGUCCAGCAUUCCCGUUAAGAUCACCGCGGGAAAAUUCAUGGACCUGUCUCUCAAUAGUUUCGGUGCCAUCAUGCGAACAUCGGUGGCGUAUCUGAAUAUAUUGCGCACAACCAGCAUUUAA